AUAAUCAGUUCUACAAUGUCCACGCAAUCGAUCAGUUUUAACAAUUGCCUGGUCCCUUGGUGUCUCGGUGUUUUAAUUUUACUAGUCAUUUUGGGCAAUGGCGGUGCGAAAUCUCGUAAUAAGUUUAACUAUUGUCAAGCCGAUCUAUGUUCAGCAGGAACGCGACACGUGGCGUGCAACAGAUACAAAUUUGGAGCGAACUGCAGCAGGCCUAUACUCAUAAAUAUGUCACCUAAAUACAUCAAUUUGAUUCUGAACUAUCACAACACGAAAAGAAAUCAAUUAGCCUGUGGUUCAAUGGGAAGUUAUUCAUCUGCAAGCUCUAUGCAGAAACUGCAUUGGAACGACGAACUGGCCAAACUGGCGGAGUAUAAUGCCAAAAGUUGUCACUUUGCACACGACGAGUGCCACAAUACUGUGCAGUUUCGUAAAACUGGACAAAGUAUUGGUAUGAAAUGGUUCCAUGGAUCGAAUUACACGGCAUCCUAUGUCAUCCGAGAUCUCCUCCGGAAAUGGUUUAUAGAGCACAAACUGACCAAACAACAGGAUUUGGAUCGAUACGUCUUUAGUCCACACGGUUUCGAGAUUGGUCACUUCACCCAAAUGGUACAUGCCGAUACGACGGAAAUUGGCUGCGCCUUCGUUCGCUUCCAGAAACUACACAACAAUUUACAUUUCAUAUACUACUAUCUCGUGUGCAACUACUCCGAGGGUAAUAUUGCUGAAAGACCAGUAUACCCCAAGGGCAAGCGAUGCAGUAAAUGCAGCCGUGGAUGUACCAAAGGAAAAUUUCGCUGUCUAUGCCGGCGUUAGAAUAUACCUAUGUUAAAUCAUUUUCAUACAUUUGUACUAACUCAACAACCUUUUUGUAACCGGUAAUAAAAUAUU